AUGUCCGAAAAACAAGCACUCACAUCCAACAUGGACCCCAUCGACGCCCCUCCCACCUACGAAGCAGCACCACCAACCCGCACCCCUCUACCACGCCCACCACCCCUCUCCCUCCCUUUCCUCAACGACCUCCGCAACAAGCGCGUAAUCCUCGCCUCGGCCUCCCCUCGCCGCCGCCAAAUCAUGUCCCUCCUCGGCCUCCCAAAUAUCGAAGUCAUCCCCUCCAACACCCCCGAAGACCUCCCCAAGACCCUCCAACCGUUCGAGUACGUGCUAGCCACGGCCUCGAAAAAGGCACACGCGGUGUAUGAGCAGGAAAUCGCGAACGAAGAAAAAGGUGAACCGGGGUUAAUCCUCGCCGCGGAUACAAUCGUCGUUGAUAGUUCCAGCGGCGCUAUUCUCGAGAAACCGCAUUCAGAGGCGGGGCAUAUCGCCAUGCUGAAAGCGCUGCGCAACGCGAGGAAUCAUAAAGUGUACACUGCUAUCGCUGCGAUGGCGCCGCUGGUUAGUGCGCGGGACCCGGGAUAUGCUGUUGAGACAGCGAUUGAGGAGACCUCGGUGCGGUUCGAUGGCAGUGUUACGGAUGAGCUGAUAUUGGCGUAUGUGCGGACAAGGGAGGGGGUCGAUAAGGCCGGGGGGUAUGGAAUUCAGGGGCUGGGGAGUAUUCUUGUGGAGGGGAUUGAGGGGAGUUAUGAUAACGUGGUUGGGUUGCCGUUGAAGACUACGUUGAGAGUUAUUGAGAAGGUUAUGGCGAGGGCGGAUGAUGAUGAUCGGUUGGGUGAUGAGGAUGGGGAGGAGGAGGGGAGUGAGUUGGAGGAGGAGUAA